UUUCUCACCUAAUACACCUCCUAAUUAUCUCCUAUGUCUUUGUUAGUUACGUGUUUUAUUAUUCUUAGUUGGCUUCAACUUGUUUUCUUUUUGUCUGUUUUUUUUGUUUUAUAAAAGUACCUUCCCCUUCCUGUCUCUCUCUAUACAUACACACAUACACUAUCCUCUUUCUCUCUCUCUCUCUCUCUCUCUCUCUCUCUCUCACUAGACAUACACCUCUCUCUCUCUCUCUAUAUAUACACACACACACACAACCCUCUUUCUCUCCCGGAGAUAUAUCUAUCAAGUUCAGUUUUUUUGGAGGUGGGAGAGAUCUAUGGCUCAAAUAUUGCUACAUGGAACACUUCAUGCCACCAUCUAUGAAGUAGACAAACUCAAGUCCAAUUUCCUCCACAAGAUAGUAGAUGGGCUAGAACAUGUUGUGGGGCUAAAGAAAAAUGCUGCAAGCCUUUAUGCAACCAUAGACUUGGAAAAGGCCCGAGUGGGUCGCACCCGAAUGUUGGAACAUGACUCAAACCCACGAUGGUACGAGUCUUUCCACAUCUAUUGUGCCCAUAUGGCCUCCAAACUCAUCUUCACUAUCAAACAAGAUGACCCAAUAGGCGCGACUCUACUUGGUCGUGCCAACAUCCCCGUUACCAAACUGCUCACACAAGAAGUAAUUGAUGAGUGGCUAGAAGUAGUCGACGAUCGUGGCAAACCGGUACACGGACAUUCCAAGAUCCAUGUUAGGGUACAAUUUCUCGAAGUGACACGAGAAUGCCAAUGGUCUAAAGGUAUACAAAGCGUAAAGUUCCCGGGAGUCCCCUUCACAUUUUUUCCUCAAAGAAAGGGGUGUAAGGUUACCCUUUAUCAAGACGCGCAUUUGCCUGACAAUUUUACGCCGAAAAUACCCUUAUGUGGAGGAAAGUAUUAUGAACCACAUAGAUGUUGGGAGGACAUAUUUGAUGCCAUUACGAAUGCAAAACAUUUAAUCUACAUAACGGGGUGGUCGGUUUAUACUGAAAUCACUUUGAUUAGGGAUUUGAGAAGGCAAAAGCCCGGUGGGGAUAUGACUCUCGGCGAAUUACUCAAGAAAAAGGCUAGUGAAGGUGUUCGAGUGUUAAUGCUUGUUUGGGAUGAUCGAACUUCAGGUGAUUUAUUUAAAAACGGGUUCAUGGCAACCCAUGACGAGGACACUGGAAACUAUUUCCGUGGCUCGGAAGUUAAUUGUGUCCUAUGUCCUCGCAAUCCUGAUGAUGGACGCAGUUUAGUCCAAAACAUCGAGAUUUCCAUUAUGCUAACCCAUCACCAAAAGAUAGUGGUGGUCGAUAGCGCGUUGCCUAACGGCAACCACGAAAAACGAAGAAUAGUAAGUUUCAUCGGCGGUAUCGAUCUUUGCAACGGACGAUACGACACCCCAUUCCAUCCCAUUUUCCGAACCCUCGACUCCAUCCACCACGACGACUUCCACCAACCUAACUUCCCAAACGCCUCGAUCCACAAAGGCGGACCCCGCGAACCAUGGCACGACAUCCAUUGCAAACUCGAAGGCCCGAUCGCGUGGGACGUUCUCUUCAAUUUCGAGCAACGAUGGUUAAAACAAGGCGGAAAAGACUUGCUCAACGACGUUCGCGACCUCGACCGGAUCAUCAUCCCACCGUCUCCGGUCAUGCUUCCGCACGACCACGAAACAUGGAAUGUACAACUAUUCCGCUCCAUCGACGGCGGCGCUGCCUUCGGGUUUCCAGACAAACCCGAAGACGCAGCACGCGCCGGAUUAAUAAGCGGAAAAGACAACAUUAUCGACCGGAGCAUUCAAGACGGUUACAUCAACGCAAUCCGGCGAGCAAAAAAGUUUAUUUACAUUGAAAAUCAAUACUUUUUAGGAAGCUCAUUUGGGUGGAAUUCAAAUGACAUUAAAGAUGAAGAUAUCAACGCAUUGCAUCUAAUACCAAAAGAAUUAUCGCUAAAAAUUGUGAGCAAAAUCGAAGCCGGAGAAGAUUUCCGGGUGUAUGUCGUGUUACCGAUGUGGCCGGAAGGUGAGCCGGAGAGUGCAUCGGUUCAGGCGAUACUGGAUUGGCAACGGAGAACAAUGCAAAUGAUGUAUACAGAUAUUGUUCAUGCUUUGAAAGCGAAGCAUAUUGUGGCGAACCCGAAAGAUUAUUUGACGUUUUUUUGUUUGGGAAACCGGGAGGUUAAGAAGUCCGGCGAGUAUAUACCGUCGGAGAAGCCGGAUGAUGGGAGUAAUUACAGCCGGGCUCAAGAAUCACGGCGGUUUAUGAUUUAUGUUCAUUCCAAAAUGAUGAUAGUUGAUGAUGAAUAUAUGAUCAUUGGAUCCGCAAACAUCAACCAAAGAUCGAUGGACGGAGCACGAGACUCUGAGAUAGCGAUGGGGGCUUUCCAGCCGUGUCAUUUAUCAAAAAGACAACCAGCGAGAGGUCAGAUAUAUGGUUUCAGAAUGUCAUUGUGGUAUGAACAUUUGGGUCUUCUUGACGAUUGUUUAACGUGUCCUGAGAAAUUGAGUUGCAUUAGAAAGGUGAAUCAGAUAUCGAUGAAAUAUUGGGAUCUUUUUUGUUCUGAGAGGUUGGACCAUGACAUGCCUGGACAUUUGCUUAGCUACCCUAUUGGAGUAACGGAAGAAGGGGAGGUUACUGGGCUGCCUGGGUGCGAAUACUUCCCGGACACAAAGGCUCGGGUUCUUGGUGCCUUAGCGGGUUACAUGCCUCCUAUUCUAACUACUUGAAAAACCAAGAUAGGAAGUCGGGUUAUUGUUAAAAAAUUAAAUAAAAUGCUCCUUCGUAGAACAUGACAUACAUAAAAGUAUUCUGAUGUGAUGAGGGUUAUAGGGUUCUUUUAAAGUGUGUUGAAAUAAUGGAAAAAAGGGGGUCACUAGUUUCGAUUAUUUAUUUGUAAAAAAGGGAUUUUUAGAAUUUAUGCCACUCAUUUGUUUCAUUUUUC